AUGAUAUCCUUGCUCAUGAUAACCACUACAAGCAUGAGACCCAAUUACGUUGCUCGGGGGUUUACAAUUUUCACAAGACGAUGCGGUCCAUCCAGCCGAGGGUAUACCACCCUGUCCAGGAGAUCAUUAGCAUGGCAUACUCGACACACCACCUUUGUUCGCGCCUCCAUUUCUCUGCCCCAAGACCAACGAGAGUACAACCAAACAACAACCUUUCAAUCAAAAUCCCAAAAAAGGGAAUAUUCUCCAAGUCGCACUAUAGAAAGUUCCGGUCCAUCGGAAGUCUUGUCUUCUAUACAACACUAUAACGACGACGAAGAGGUUACCGCGGACAAUUGGAGAGAACAUCCCGACUUGAACCCCACCUUGACAUUUCCAACGUGGGCCGUCCCUCUGGAACACGCUUCUGUUCUGCAAACACUGCUAUCCUCGGAAUUGACACAACCAUUCUUGGCGACUCGACACGAACUCCUUCAACAAUGUCAUCCACGGCCCAAAAUUGUCCAAGAUGGAGAUAAACACAAGUACAUUUUAUUGGACCCUCAACAACAACAAGAAAAACAGCUACCCACCGACCUGAUCAAUUUACUGCAACAGCACCAUGUCCAACUCCAGGGACCCGACGUGACAAUUCGCAUUCGCUACCAUCAACUCCCCAUGACGUACAUUCUCCACAAGGUUUUGCCUCCUCACGUCCAUCCACCCCCGACCGCCUUUGAAACGGUCGGACACGUCGCCCACUUGAAUUUGCGAGAGCAUCAUAUACCUUUCGCAAAAUUGAUUGGACAAGUCCUCUUGGAGAAAUCCUCCACCAUUGAAACGGUCAUUCAUAAAGUCGGACAAGUCAAUGGUCCCUUUCGCACGUACGACUAUCAACUCUUGGCCGGACGCAAUGAUACCAUCUGUCGUGUCAUGGAACACGGGAUUCAAAUGGAAUUGGAUCUCGCCAAAGUCUAUUGGUCGUCGCGGUUGGCACAAGAACGACAAGUGGUGUUGGAGCAAGAAAUUAGGGAGGGGCAAGUCAUUGCCGACGCUUUUUCCGGUGUCGGUGCCAUUUGUUUGUUGGCCGCACGCGACAAGAAUUGUACCAUUUUCGCCAAUGAUUGGAAUCCACAGGCCAUUCAUUAUUUGAAACGGAAUUUUGCCACCAAUCGGUUGCGGCACCAUUUGGUCCAGUCCACCCAUCAAGAUGCUUACGAAUUCUUGAUGGAUUUGGGAUUAUCGUCUUCUUCUUGCGAGGAGUUGGAGGAUGACGAAGAAGAAGCAACAGCGUCGAAAAGUAGUAAAACUACGCACUUGGUGGAUCACGUGCUGAUGAAUUUCCCUCUCAAGGCACCCACGUUCCUGGGAGCGCUACGGUGGUGGUCGCCACCGUUGAGCGAACACAGUCCUCGUCUACAUGUGUAUACGUUUGCACGAGCCGAUGCCAAGACGGGUCGAUCUGCGCAAGAUGUUGCGAUUGACAUUAUUGCGUCGGAACUGUUGCCACCCAUGGGCUUGGAGGACGACGACAAUGACGACGACGAUGAUGGGGGAUGCCAUCACCGACAGCAGGAACUGAAUGAUGAGUACGGAUGCCAAGUGGUAGCGAGAGAAGUACGAGACGUGGCUCCGGGAAAGCUAGUAUUUUGUGUGAGUUUCACUGCCACCCCCGAGCUGCUGAGAGUCAUGCAAGGAAGUUUUUAA